CAAAACAUUUCUUCUCGGCUAUCUUCUCCUCCGACGCCGGAAUCACUGAAACCGCCUUCGCAUUCAGCGACGUGCUUUUUCUUCAGAUCUGAACGCCCACUUGCACCAAUCUACCCUUGAUCCGAAGGUUUUUCCGGUAGAUUUAGUUCCGCUGAUCCGGGACGUGAUCCUCCGGAAUCAAGAUGCCGGUGGCUGCUUCUGCCAUCUACUUCUUGAAUCUCCGCGGUGACGUCCUUAUCAAUCGCCUGUACCGCGACGAUGUUGGGGGAAAUAUGGUGGAUGCCUUUCGUAUGCAUAUAAUGCAAACAAAAGAGCUUGGAACAUGCCCUGUUCGACAGAUUGGAGGUUGCUCUUUCUUUUACAUGAGAAUCAGCAAUGUCUACAUUGUCAUUGUUGUGAGCAGCAAUGCUAAUGUAGCCUGUGCUUUCAAGUUUGUCGUAGAGGCGGUUAAUCUGUUCAAAUCUUAUUUUGGUGGGGCUUUUGAUGAAGAUGCUAUUCGUAAUAACUUUGUUCUGAUAUAUGAACUCUUAGAUGAAAUCAUGGACUUUGGCUACCCACAAAAUCUUUCUCCUGAGAUUUUAAAACUUUACAUCACUCAGGAAGGAGUGCGCUCCCCAUUUUCAUCUAAGCCCUCAGAUAAGCCUGUUCCAAAUGCAACAUUACAAGUUACAGGUGCUGUUGGCUGGCGGAGAGAGGGUCUUGUUUAUAAAAAGAAUGAGGUGUUCCUGGACAUUGUGGAAAGUGUUAACCUUCUAAUGUCAUCAAAAGGAAGUGUUCUGCGUUGUGAUGUAACUGGGAAGAUUCUUAUGAAGUGUUUUCUUUCUGGAAUGCCUGAUCUGAAGUUGGGUUUAAAUGAUAAAAUUGGACUUGAGAAAGAGUCGCAACUGAAGUCUCGUCCAGCUAAAAGUGGCAAAACAAUAGAACUGGAUGAUGUUACUUUCCAUCAAUGUGUAAAUUUGACAAGAUUUAACUCGGAAAAGACUGUUAGUUUUGUUCCACCAGAUGGUGAAUUUGAAUUGAUGAAGUAUCGUAUUACUGAGGGUGUUAAUCUUCCUUUCCGGGUAUUGCCAACAAUCAAGGAACUUGGUCGAACACGCAUGGAAGUAAAUGUUAAGGUCAAAAGUGUAUUUGGGGCAAAAAUGUUUGCUCUUGGAGUUGUCAUCAAAAUUCCUGUACCUAAACAAACAGCAAAAACUAGUUUCCAAGUAACAUCUGGUCGAGCAAAGUACAAUGCAGCUAUUGAUUGCUUGGUCUGGAAGAUAAGAAAAUUUCCUGGGCAAACUGAGCCAACCUUGAGUGCGGAAGUUGAAUUAAUUUCCACAAUGACAGAAAAGAAGUCAUGGACAAGGCCACCAAUUCAAAUGGAAUUUCAGGUUCCCAUGUUUACUGCAUCUGGUUUGCGAGUCCGUUUCCUUAAGGUGUGGGAGAAGAGUGGGUACAACACAGUUGAGUGGGUUCGUUAUAUCACAAAGGCUGGUUCAUAUGAAAUUAGGUGCUAAAAUCAUGGUAUUGCUUCUGGGAGACUCAGUGAACGUGGGUAGCAUUGUGAGUUUACUACUAUCACUAACUGGAAUCAAAUCAUAGCAUGUAUUUUGCCUUGCUGACAAGGUGAAUGUACCUCCAUUUACCCUUCAAAGCAUGCAACUUGUGUCCCAGUUCAUUGAAUUAUUAUAUUAUUAUUUUGGUUGCUUGCUCAUAGAGGAGUUUUGUUUAUGUGAUUUAUUUGAAGUGAAUCUUUGGUCGGUAUUUUUUUCUUGUAAAGCCUAGCCACCACCUUUUUAGAUCAUGAAAAAACAAAACGGGAACUCUUUUUUCUUUAUGACAUUGUAUGAUUUGUUCCACAUUGUCACAUGAGUUUGUUGUGAUGAUCGUGCCUUUGGUGACUGAGAGUGAUGGUAAUUGCUUUUGUUCGACUUAUGAAUAUUGAUCCUCUAGAUUUGACUAUCAAGAGCAAUAUGGUUUGUUACCGGCUGCUGGAUGGCAUUUCUAUUG